CCCUACAGCUGCAUCAGACAGCCUUCAGAGAACGAUUCUGCAGCACGUUGAGCAUCGCAAGACGGCAUUUCAAAAUAAACCGGAUAUAACACUGACCGACUUUGAGAAGAACUCGUUUACGCCUGAAUCACCUUGACCUGUGUUUAUUCACGUUUUCCACAGGUUACUUUGGUUUGUCGUUUUUUAUGAUUACCAGUUGUUUGGUAAGAGGUUCAACGCCUUGAAAACAUUUAGAAUGGCGGUUAUAUUCUUAUUCCUGCUGCAUCAGCUCAUCUUUCUGAAUUUUGCGCUGGAGACAGCUGCCUCUGAGGAUGCCGUGAGGAAUGGGAAAGAUAGCAAUGUCUUUGAUGUAGCGGUUGGUCAAGCUGGUCAAACCUCGGACGCCUCGGCAGCUGACAGAUCAGCCCUAGACAUGGUUUCAACACAUAUGUUCAAACUUUAUGAGAAAUACAGCCGGGAGCUCAACCGCCCGAGAGACGGAAAUACUGUCCGAAGUUUCAAGGCAAGAGCAGACACUGCAGCCCAGAAGGACUUGUACCACUUCAACUUGACCUCUGUCACGGAGUCAGAGGUGAUCCUGUCGGCUACGUUCCAGUUCCUGUUUGAUCAGCGCCCGCGGCAGAGGGCGUGGUCCUGCAAGCGCUUCAGGAACCCCUCCUGUCGCCUCCAUCAGCACCAGCUGCCCCCUGUCCAGAUUCUUUUCAGGGCCGCCUCCUUCAACAACACCCCCGGGAUGCUAUUGGGGAACGUCACCUUCUUCCCCCUCCGGAGAGGGGCGUGGCAGUCCCGAGAUGUGUCGCACGUCAUCAAAGAAGCUAGGAGCACUGGAGAGCUCCUCAUCACGGCCGAGUUCGACUCCGGCGCCAGGUACCACCGGCACCAGGACCGUCUCCCGCUGUCCGGCCUGCCCUACCUGCUGGUCUACGCCGACGACCUGGCCAUAUCUGAGCCCAACAGCGUGGCUGCCACCCUGCAGAGGUACGACCCCUUCCCGCCUGGCGAUGACCCCACCCGGUCGCCCAACGCCUCCCCUGACACCAGGGUCAAGAGGGACGCCCACACCCAUGACCCGAUCGAAAACAACGAACUCCCGGAGGUGGAGUACAACACACUGAAGAACCACGAGCUCUGGGAGAGCGCUUACCUGCCGCUGAAGCCGAAGCACCCACUGAAAGACGGGGCCGGCAGGAAAGACCUGGGGGAUGGAGAGGGGCUAAGCAAACCCCAGGUCCUCCGCUUUGACGAGAAGACCAUGAAGAAUGCGCGGAGGAGGCAGUGGAGUGAACCCCGCGCCUGCGCCAGGAGGUACCUGAAGGUGGACUUCGCUGACAUUGGCUGGAGCGAGUGGAUCCUCUCCCCAAAAUCGUUCGAUGCCUACUACUGCUCUGGCGCGUGUGGAUUCCCUCUGCCCAAGGUUGUCCGGCCGUCCAAUCACGCCACCAUCCAGAGCAUCGUGAAAGCGGUGGGAAUCACUCCGGGAAUCCCAGAGCCCUGCUGCGUUCCCGACAAAAUGAGCUCGCAGAGCGUCCUGUUCCUGGACGAGGCCAAGAACGUGGUGUUAAAAAUUUACCCCAGCAUGUCCGUCCAGACCUGCUCCUGUCGAUAG